AUAAAUAUUUCCUCACAUUGCCAAAUCAAAAUAGCAACCAACCACAUUUAUUACUUCCAUUGCCAAAUCACAAUUUCCACCCCCACCGCCGCCGCCGUCCGCCGCCGACAUGGACAUGCCGGACUUCUCCUCUGGGCCGUCUCCGAGGCGGGAGCUCCAGGGCCCCCGCCCCGCGCCCCUAAAAGUCCGGAAAGACUCCCACAAAAUCCGAAAACCGCCCAUGGCGCCCCCUCCGGCCGCGGGCCACCCCCACCCGCCCCCCCACGCGGCGCCGAGGCCGCCCGUGAUCAUCUACACGGUCUCCCCCAAAAUCAUCCAUGCAAACCCUAACGAGUUCAUGGCGCUGGUCCAGCGUUUGACCGGCCCCAGCGCCACGUCACCCUCCUCCGCCUCCGCAUUCCAAUCAGAAGGCGGAGGCGCAGUGUCCCCCGCCGCCCGUUUCGCUGCCAUCGAGCGCACAAAAACGCCAGAUGGCAGGAGAACGGGCGGGGAAAUGGUGGAUGGGAUCGAGAUAGAUCCCCUCAUCCAAAGAAGCGGCCAAUUUCCCGGCAUUUUGUCCCCAAAUCCGAGCGCUCUUCCCCCGAUCCCGGCCAAUUUCUUCAACAUCUCAUCGGAAAAUAACAAUCCAUUGAAUUUCUUCCAUGAUUUGAGCCCGGUUUUGCAUAGUAGUAGGAAUUUUCCGGAAAAUAGCUUCAUUUUUCCGAGCCCUUCGACUAAUUUCAUCUCACCACACAUAAACACACCCUCUCCAAACACUCUAGAGCUCUUCCACAGCUUGUUUGACCUCUAACCGCAUGAGGAACUGCAGGAAAAGUAACCGUAGGGAUUGGAUUUAGCUUCGAUCCAUGGCUGUGUUAAGCAAGUGGGGCCCGGCUUCUAAUUGUUGGUAUUUAAUUCUCAUUGAUUUUUAUUUUUCUACAUCCCUUUUACAGUUGAAAAAUUGAAUUUUGUGGGCCAUUUUAUUUUGUGGCUCAAAUACUUGGUUUUUGGUCUUUGUUGGAUUUAGUUGGAAUCAUCUUAGUUUAUGAUAGCAAUUUUUUUUUUGUCACAUUUGGAUUGUAAUUUCGGAAGAAACAAGAUGAGUGAUUUUGCCGUCCUUGUAGAUGCUACAUUAAAAAAAAGUGACGGAACCAGAAAAUCUUGUUGGUGAAUGCUCCAUCAUUUUCUAAAGUUUCGCGGGUCUGUAGCACAAAAAAAUUGAUAAUUCUGAUAAGGGUAGGGCCUCGACCUACCCUAACCCUCUGCAUUCGGCAAAUAUCAUCUAUAUAGUGCGUAAACACUGUUUAUGUGAGUGUUCUCGAAUGAAAUAGUGCUAGCCAAUUGUUCCGAGAAAAUUUCAUUGUAAUCGGUAACGGACGUACAUAGCAACGGUUGAGGGUUGGCUUAAGCCCCCCACAAACCAAGUAAAAAGAUUUUUUUUAUUUAUCAUUCAUAAAAUUGUCAUA